AUGGGCGGCGGCGGCGGCGGCGGCGGCUGCGCCCCGGGCCGGGCUGUGCUCCUGCUGCUGGCGCUGGGGCUCCCCGGCUCCCGCGCCCCGCCGAGCCCCGCCGAGCCCCGGCCCUGCGCCCCCAGCGCCCCCCCCGCCACGCCGCCGCCCGGCUGCCCCGCGCCGCCCGUCCUGUGGCUCUGCCCGGCGCCGCCUCCGGCCCGCGGCCUCUGGGCGCACCUGCUGGCGCGGCGGGGCGGCGGCGGCGGCGGGCGGGCGCUGCUGAGCCGCCUGCUGCCGGCCCCGGAGGAGCCGGGCGGCCGCUUCCGCAGGGGGCCACGCCGGGCGCUGUGCCUGGGGCCGGCCGCCCGCCUGCCCCUGCCCCUGCCGCCGGCCAGCGCCUGGGGAGGCUGCCGGCCGCGCUGCCGGGUGCGCGGCGCGGGGGGCGGCCGGAGCCUCUCGCCCCCGGCCGGCGGGGAGCUGCUGCUGCUGCUGCCGCCCCUGUGCCUCCGCGCCGGCCGCCCGCGGCGCCUGGGGCUGCUGUGCCGCCGCUGCGGGGGGGCGGGGGAGGCGGCGGUGCAAUGGAGCCUGGGCCUGGCCGCCGCGCCGCGCCAGCUGGCCGAGCAGUGGCCGGAGGCGUGGGGGCCCCCGGGCCCGGGGGGCGGCCGGAGGAAGCGCGGCGCCAACGCCAGCCCCCAGUUCCGCAAGCCCACCUACCAGGCGUCGGUGCCGGAGAACAGGCCUGCGGGGACCCCCGUGAUCUCCCUGGGGGCCCUGGACCCCGACGAGGGGGAGGGGGGCCGCCUGGACUACGCCAUGGACGCCCUCUUCGACAGCCGCUCCGACGCCCUCUUCGCCAUCGACCCCCGGACCGGGGCGGUGAGCACCGCGGAGGAGCUGGACCGCGAAACCAAAAGCACCCACGUCUUCCGCGUCAUGGCCGCCGACCACGGGGUCCCCCGCCGCACGGCCCUGGCCACCCUCACCGUCACGGUCAGCGACGCCAACGACCACGACCCCGUCUUUGAGCAGCAAGAGUACAAAGAGAACAUGCGGGAGAACCUGGAGGUGGGCUACGAGGUGCUGACGGUGAGGGCCACCGACGGCGACGCCGGCCCCAACGCCAACAUCCUGUACCGCGUCUUGAACGGCGACGGGUCCAACAGGAUAUUUGAGAUCGAUCCGAAGUCCGGGGUCAUCCGCACCAAUGGCCUGGUUGACCGAGAGGCCGUGGAGUCUUACCGGCUGAUCGUGGAAGCCAACGACCAAGGCAAAGACCCUGGGCCGCGGAGUACCACGGCCACGAUCCACAUCACGGUGGAGGACGACAACGACAACUCGCCACAGUUCAGUGAGAAGCGCUACGUGGUGCAGGUACCGGAGAACGUGGCCUCCAAUACACACGUCCUCCGGGUAAAUGCGACAGACCGCGACAAAGGCAGCAAUGCUCUAGUGCAUUAUAGCAUCAUGAGCGGCAACACUCGGGGCCAGUUCUACAUUGACGCCCAGACAGGUAACAUUGACGUGGUCAGUCAGCUGGACUAUGAGAUGAAUAAAGAGUACACCCUUCGCAUUAGGGCCCAGGAUGGAGGAAGGCCUCCCCUCUCCAACAUCAGUGGACUGGUGACCAUCCAGGUGCUGGACGUAAACGAUAACGCUCCUAUCUUUGUCAGCACCCCUUUCCAGUCCACAGUCCUAGAGAAUGUGCCUGUUGGCUAUUCUGUCAUCCACAUCCAAGCCAUUGAUGCAGAUUCUGGGGAGAACGCCCGGCUAGAGUAUGCUCUGGUUGACACCAGCUCUGAUUUCCCUUUUACUAUCAACAACAACACGGGGUGGAUUGUGGUGGCCUCCGAAUUGGACCGCGAGGCGGUGGACUUUUACAACUUUGGUGUUGAGGCCCGAGACCACGGUAUCCCACCGAUGACUUCUUCAGCCAGCGUCAGCAUUACUGUCUUGGAUGUUAAUGACAAUAACCCUGAAUUCACCCAAAAGGAAUAUGCCGUGCGUCUUAAUGAAGAUGCUGCUGUGGGCACCAGCGUCCUCACAGUCUCUGCUAUUGACCGGGAUGUCAACAGUGUCAUCACCUACCAGAUCACCAAUGGAAACACCCGCAAUCGCUUCUCCAUCACCAGUCAGAGUGGUGGCGGUCUUAUCACUUUGGCCCUACCCUUGGAUUACAAAUUAGAGCGCCAGUAUCUGCUGACUAUCACAGCUUCUGAUGGCACUCGGCUGGACACGGCACAAGUCUUCGUCAACGUGACUGAUGCCAACACCCAUCGUCCCGUGUUCCAGAGCUCUCAUUACACUGUUAACAUCAAUGAGGACCGGCCAGUGGGCACCACUGUAGUGAUCAUUAGCGCUACAGAUGAGGACACAGGGGAGAAUGCUCGCAUUACUUACUUCAUGGAAGACAGCAUCCCUCAGUUCAAGAUUGACAUGGACACUGGCGCUGUCACCACCCAGAUGGAAAUGGAUUAUGAGGACCAGGUGUCUUAUACGCUUGCGAUUACAGCCAGAGACAAUGGUAUCCCACAAAAAUCAGACACCACCUACCUGGAGAUACUAGUCACUGAUGUAAAUGACAAUCCACCGCAGUUCUUAAGAGAUGGCUACCAAGGCUCUGUAUAUGAGGAUGUCCCAGCCUUCACUAGUGUCUUGCAGGUUUCAGCCACUGACCGAGACUCUGCCAUGAAUGGCAGGGUGUUUUAUACCUUUCAGGGUGGAGAUGAUGGGGAUGGAGAUUUCAUAAUUGAAUCAACCUCGGGCAUUGUUAGAACUUUGCGAAGGCUGGACAGGGAGAAUGUCCCACUGUAUGAGCUGAGGGCGUAUGCCGUUGAUAAGGGUGUACCAGCCAUGAGGACUCCUAUUGAUGUCCAUAUCACUGUCCUUGAUGUCAAUGAUAACCCUCCAGUCUUUGAACGGGAUGAGUUUGACAUCUUCAUUGAGGAGAACAGCCCCAUUGGUUUAGUGGUGGCCCGGAUCACUGCCAGUGACCCAGACGAGGGCACCAAUGCCCAGAUCAUGUAUCAGAUAGUAGAGGGUAACAUUCCUGAGGUCUUCCAGCUUGACAUCUUCUCAGGAGAACUGACAGCCCUGAUGGAUUUAGAUUAUGAAGCCAAGUCUGAAUAUGUCAUUGUGGUACAGGCCACUUCAGCUCCACUGGUGAGUCGGGCUACUGUGCAUGUCCGUUUGCUGGAUAAAAAUGACAAUGUACCUGUCCUGAAGAACUUUGAGAUCAUCUUCAAUAACUACAUCACAAACAAGUCCAGCAGUUUCCCUACCGGGGUGAUAGGGAUGAUUCCGGCCUAUGACCCUGAUGUGUCCGAUAAUCUUACCUAUAGUUUUGAACAAGGCAAUGAACUGAAGCUGGUGCUUCUAAACCACAGCACUGGAGAGCUGCGUCUCAGCAGGGCCCUGGAUAACAACAGGCCUUUGGAGGCAAUCAUGAGGGUUUCUGUUUCAGAUGGAAUCCACAGUGUGACUGCCCAGUGCACACUUCAGGUGACCAUCAUCACAGAUGAGAUGCUAACCAACAGUAUUACCUUGCGGCUAGAGAACAUGUCGCAGGAACGUUUCCUUUCCCCUCUGUUGGCCCUCUUUCUUGAAGGGGUGGCAACUGUGCUGUCUGCUCCUCGUGACCAUGUUGUCCUUUUCAACAUCCAGAAUGACACAGACGUGCAAGCUGCACAGAUCCUUAAUGUCAGUCUCUCAGUGUCAUUGCCAGAUGGAGUCCAUGGGGGGUACUAUAUUCCUUCAGAGGACCUGCAGGAGCGACUUUACCUCAACCGCACACUCCUGGCAGCUAUCUCGGAGCAGCGAGUCUUGCCUUUUGAUGACAACAUUUGUCUGCGGGAACCCUGUGAGAAUUACAUGCGUUGUGUCUCAGUGCUGAAGUUUGACAGCUCAGCGCCCUUCAUUGCCUCUGAUACCAUCCUUUUCCGACCCAUCCACCCUGUCAAUGGCCUACGCUGCCGCUGCCCACUUGGCUUCACUGGUGACUACUGUGAGACUGAGAUUGACCUCUGCUAUUCUAACCCCUGUGGAAAUAAUGGACGCUGCCAAAGCCGCGAAGGAGGUUAUACAUGCGAGUGUCAAGAGGGCUACACUGGGCAGAACUGUGAGGUGAACUCGCGCCUGGGUCGCUGCACCCCGGGGGUCUGCAAGAAUGGCGGCACAUGUGUCAAUCUUCUGGUGGGCGGGUUCAAGUGUGAUUGCCUGUCCGGACACUACGAAAAGCCCUACUGCCAGAUGAGCACCCGCAGCUUCCCUGGGCACUCCUUCGUCACCUUCAAGGGCCUACGCCAGCGUUUCCAUUUCACCAUCACUCUCACGUUUGCCACCAAGGAACGGGAUGGGCUGCUCCUGUACAAUGGACGUUUCAAUGAACGCCACGACUUUGUGGCACUGGAGAUCGUGCAGGAGCAAGUGCAGCUUACCUUCUCAGCAGGAGAAUCAACCAGCACAGUUUCCCCAUUCAUUCCGGGGGGUGUAAGUGACGGGCAGUGGCAUACUGUCCACCUGCACUACUACAACAAGCCUGUCAUGGGCAAAUCGGGAGUUCCUCAGGGGCCCUCGGACCAGAAGGUGGCUGUGGUGACAGUGGAUGACUGCGACACUUCAGUGGCCUUGAAGUUUGGGUCCAUCCUGGGAAACUAUUCUUGCUCAGCACAAGGGACCCAGUCGGGCACUAAGAAGUCUCUGGAUCUGACAGGUCCACUGCUAUUAGGUGGCGUUCCUGAUCUGCCCGAGAGUUUCCCUGUACGGAACCGGCACUUUGUAGGCUGUAUGCGGGACUUCCUGAUUGAUAAUCGAGAGGUGGACAUGGCUGACUUCAUUGCCAACAAUGGGACUGUUCCUGGCUGUUCAGCAAAGAAGAAUGUUUGUGACAGCAACACUUGCCAUAAUGGCGGCACAUGUGUCAACCAGUGGAACACCUUCAGUUGCGAGUGCCCUCUGGGCUUUGGAGGCAAGAACUGCAAGCAAGAAAUGGCUAGUCCCCAGCACUUCUUGGGCAACAGCGUGGUGACCUGGAGUAACUUGGCAUUAGUCAUUACACUUCCAUGGCACAUUGGACUCAUGUUCCGUACAAGGCAGGGCAGUGGCGUUCUCCUACAUGCUACAGCUGGGCAGCAUUCUACCAUCACCCUGCUGUUAAGCGAGGGGAAUGUGCUGAUGACUGUGUACCGUGCCAACAGCCAGGUCUCAGCACUGCGGCUGCACCAGGUGAAAGUGAACGACGGCGACUGGCACCACCUGCAGUUGGAACUCCACAACAGCAGGGACAGCCCAGAGGCCCAGUGCCUGGCCAUCAUGGCCUUUGACUACGGCGUACAUCAGGUGGUGGCCAACAUCAGCAGUGAGUUGCAUGGACUGAAAGUGCGGACCCUGAGUAUUGGGGGCAUACUGGGGGAUGAGAAGGAGGUACAGCAAGGCUUCCGUGGCUGCCUGCAGGGUGUACGAAUGGGUGAGACAUCAGCCAGUGCUGUGGCCCUGAAUGCAAACCAGGCCGAAAAGGUGAAUGUGGAGCACGGCUGCAGCAUCACUGACCCCUGUGACUCUAACCCAUGCCCUGUAAAUAGCUACUGCAAUGACGACUGGGACAGUUACUCCUGCAGCUGUGACCCAGGUUACUAUGGCGACACUUGCACCAACGUCUGCUCCCUCAAUCCUUGUGAACAUCAAGCCAUGUGUGCCCGCAAGCCUAGCUCAUCCCAUGGCUACACUUGUGAGUGUCCUGACAACUACUUUGGGCCCUACUGCGAGAACAAGCUUGCUCAGCCCUGCCCUCGGGGGUGGUGGGGGCACCCUAUAUGUGGACCCUGCAACUGUGACAUUGGCAAAGGCUUUGACCCUGACUGCAACAAAACCACCGGAGAGUGUCGCUGCAAGGAGAAUCACUACCGACCGGCAAACAGUGCCAUGUGUUUGCUUUGUGACUGCUACCCCACAGGCUCACUGUCUCGCACUUGUGAGUCUGAGACUGGGCAGUGUUCCUGCAAGCCUGGUGUGAUUGGGCGCCGAUGUGACCACUGUGACAAUCCCUUUGCAGAAGUUACCAUCAAUGGCUGUGAAGUGAAUUAUGACAGCUGCCCCCGUGCUAUUGAAGCUAACAUUUGGUGGCCCCGUACCCGCUUUGGCCUGCCUGCAGCUGCACCAUGCCCCAAAGGAUCUGUUGGGACUGCGAUACGGCACUGUGAUGAACACAAGGGCUGGCUGGCUCCCAACCUCUUCAACUGUACCUCACUGACCUUUGCUGCUCUCAAGGGCUUUGCAGAGCGGCUGUUGCAGAACGAGUCGCUGUUGGACACAGAGCAAUCUCAGCGGAUAGCCCUGCAACUUCGCAAUGCUACGCAGCACACAGCCGGCUUCUUUGGCAGUGACAUCAAGGUGGCUUAUCACCUCUCAGCCCAGCUCCUGAAACAUGAAAGCACCCAAGAAGGCUUUGGCUUGGCUGCUACGCAGGAUGUGCACUUCACGGAGAACCUGCUCAAAGUGGGCAGCAUCCUACUGGAUGCCAGCAACAAGCGCCACUGGGAACUGAUCCAGCAGACCGAGGGGGGCACAGCGCUGCUGCUGAGGCACUUUGAGGAUUACGCCAGCACUCUGGCCCAGAACAUGCGCAAGACGUAUCUGAGCCCCUUCACCAUCAUCACACCCAACAUUGUCAUCUCUGUAGUGAGGCUGGAGAAGAUGAACUUUGCUGGCGCAAAGCUGCCUCACUAUGAGGCUGUCCGGGGGGAGAAACCUGCAGACCUGGAGACCACUGUCAUCCUCCCUGAAAGUGUAUUCAAGGCUCCUGAAAACAAGCCACCUACUAUGACCAACACCAAGCAUCUCCCUACCGGUGGUGAGGAAGAAGAAGCCACCCUGAUGACCAGACAGAAGAGGCACCCGGAUCUGAGCGAGGGCCAGGCCAUUGCCAGUGUCAUCAUCUACCGCACGCUUGCAGGGCUGCUUCCGGAGCAGUAUGACACAGACAAGCGGAGCUUGAGGGUUCCCAAGCGUCCCAUCAUCAACACCCCAGUAGUGAGCAUCAACAUCCAUGACAACGAUGCCCUGAUGCAGCGGGCCCUGGAGAAACCCAUCACUGUGCAGUUCCGGCUGCUGGAGACUGAGGAGCGGACCAAGCCCAUCUGCGUCUUCUGGAACCACUCCAUCCUGGUCAGCGGGGUUGGUGGCUGGUCAGCCAAGGGGUGCGAUGUCGUCUUCAGGAACGAGACCCACGUCAGCUGCCAGUGUAGCCACAUGACCAGUUUUGCUGUGCUGAUGGACAUUUCUCGCAGAGAGAAUGGUGAGAUCCUGCCCCUGAAGACCAUUACCUAUGCCUCUAUUGCUGUGACCCUGGGCAGCCUCUUACUCACUUUCUUCUUCCUGGCUGGCCUGCGGGCCUUAAGAUCCAACCAGCACAGCAUCCGCAAGAAUCUCGUGGUGGCGCUAUUUCUCUCCGAGCUGAUCUUUCUGCUGGGCAUCAACCAAGCUGAUCUACCAUUUGCCUGCACUGUCAUUGCUAUCUUGUUGCAUUUUCUGUACAUGUGCACCUUCGCCUGGGCACUCCUGGAAGCUCUGCACAUCUACCGCAUGCUGAGUGAGGUGCGCGACAUUAACUAUGGCCCCAUGCGCUUCUACUACAUGGUUGGCUGGGGCGUUCCAGCCUUCAUCACAGGGCUUGCUGUGGGCCUGGACCCUGAAGGCUACGGGAACCCAGACUUCUGUUGGCUCUCCAUCUAUGAUACUCUGAUCUGGAGUUUCGCUGGACCCAUUGUUUUUGCUGUUGCGAUGAGCGUCUUCCUCUAUGUCCUGGCUACCAAGGCCACUUGUGCUGCUCAGCAACAGGGUUUUGAGAAGAAGGGGACAGUCUCUGGUCUGCGCUCAGGCUUUGUCUCUCUGCUGCUGAUCAGUGCCACCUGGUUUCUGGCCCUGCUGUCUGUCAACAGUGAUGCCAUCCUCUUCCACUACCUCUUUGCUGGCUUCAACUGCCUCCAGGGACCCUUAAUCUUCCUCCUCUGUGUCGUCUUAUGCAAAGAAGUGCGGAAGGCUCUCAGGUCCAGUUGUGGCAAGAAGCACAGCACUGACCCCACACUCGCCACCAAAUCUACGUUGACAGCGGCUUAUAACUGCAACAACACGUAUGUGGACGGGCAGUUGUACCACACACCCUUUGGAGACUCCACAGGAUCUUUGCACAGCACUGUCCGCUCAGGCAAGAGUCAGCAUAGCUACAUUCCAUUUGUGCUGAGAGAGGAGUCUGGCUUGAACAACAGCCAGUUACAUAUUGGACCUGUGGAUCCCAACUCACUCUUCCUGGAAGCCAAGGAUCAGAACAAUGAGCAUGACACCGACUCGGACAGCGACCUCUCCCUGGAAGAUGAUCAGAGUGGCUCCUACGCUUCCACCCACUCCUCAGACAGUGAAGAGGAUGAAGAAUUUGCCAGGGAGCCCUGCUGGGAGAACUUGCUGUGCCCUAACAAUGAGAAAAUGCCAGCACACAGCACUCCAAAAGCAGAUAACCUUUCUGGUCCUGGCAAACCUUACUGGCCUGGAGACUUUGUGACCACAGCUAGUGACAGUGAUGGGCACGCUGGGUCGGAGAAGCUACGCGUGGAGCCGAUCAGCAAGAAUGACUGGCUGGAGCAGGCAGAAGAAGCACCCAGAGAGAAUGGAGAGACACAGACCAGGGAGAGCCUCUUGAGCUCCCUGCCUCAUCCUACUGCUCAGCCCCAGAAAGGCAUCUUGAAAAAGAAGUGCCUGCCGCCCAUCAGCGAGAAGAACAGCAUCCAGCGUAUCCACAACAAGCUGUCCAGCUGCCGCUCAGGGAUGGUUUCUUCACAUGGCUCUUCGGGCAGUGAUGGCAGUCGUGGGGGAGGGGCGCCGCGGCCUCGCCAGACACUCCAGGAGCAGCUCAAUGGCCUUACGCCCAUUGCCAUGAGCAUAAAGACUGGCACAGUGGAUGAGGACUCCUCGGGCUCCGAAUUUCUGUUUUUUAAUUUUCUCCAUUAACACACAAGCCCCAGGGGGGGUGCUUUGCCCAGACCUGCUCAUGAACAUGCUCAUGUGUUUGUGUUUUCCCCUUUCCCGUCUCGCUUUGUGUUUGAUCACUGAGCAGGAGUGAUGAAACCUCAAUCUGACGCCGCACGCACCAGACUCUUUUCUCUCGUGCAUUGGCCAGUCCGGGAGCCAGGAUUGCUCUCAAACCGCAGCGAGGAAUGUUGUCUCCUUCAGCCCGGCCCUGCACGGUCUGGGUAGCUGGACCCACUGUAUGUAGUGCCAAAUGAACCUAACUUGCCACCCUGGCACCAGGGCCAUGGCAGGUCCCAGGAGACAGACCUACUUGAACAGAUGCACUUUGAAUCGUUGUACAAAGGACAGAAACACUAACUUGACCACCUCCAAGUCUUCAGGGAUUUUCAUGCUUUGUUCCCCAGUCUGGAACUGUUGCGUGUCUGGAAUAUUUUUCUUAUCUAUCCAGUUGGUCGGGGGAGCCUCAGCAGCAGCCACAUGCCUGGGGCCUCUGGAAAUGCUUUACGGUGCAGAUGUUUGCAUAUCUGACAAUGCAGCUGAGUAGGGGUCAGUGUGCUUGAAGAUAGAUGCCACUAGGGGGCACAGAACACUGUAGCUUUUAGCCUGAUGUGGCAAAUCAGAAAUGGGGCACAAUUUCUGGAGGGGCAGGGCACUGCUCUGACUUUCUCCUAGGACUGGGGAACUUUAGAUUAAGGCCGGAGAGCACAGCGCCAUGAGGUUUGUGCUAGGCACCAUGUAGGCACUACAGGCAGACUCUGCAUUAAAGCUGACCUCCCUAAAGGCCUCACCUGCACAAUUCCAGGAGAUAGCCCCUUCCUCCCUCU